AUGAAAGAGUUUGAUGUUUGCGGAGCCGAAUUCGAUGACUUUGCAUCGCAUUUCUGCAACAAUGGUUCUAAUAAAAACACAUGUAUCAACAAAUUGCAAAAUUGGGAUUGCCCACUUGUUUUCAAAAAGUCUUCCCUCAUACUCGAUCAAAGAGGACCAGGCCCAUGUGGACUAUUUGCAAGCCUAGAAGCUAAUAUUAUGGUUCAACUUUUCCAAUCUCAAGGGGAAUGUGACCUCCCGUGUGCUGUAAAUCUUGCAAUUCUCAAUAUCCUGACAUUGAUUAGCGAUAAGUAUAAACUUUGUACAUCAUUUGACAUUCAAAACAAACAAGCACAUUUUAUAUCAUUCGAAACUAAAGAUGAUGCUAUUGCAUGGAUGCUUGAACUUAAAUAUAAUGAGUUCUCAAAUGCCUGCUUACUUUCUGGUGUUUCAUUUGCAUAUGCUGCAAGAAAUAAAGAAUGGUAUUCUAAUAUGCCAGCUCCUUUUGUAUACAACACAUCAGAUACAUCAAUGUUGUUUGUAUUCUUGAUGAACACAGGCGAAAUCGAUGGAACUUAUGAAAAACAGAAGAAUAUUGCCGUAAAAGUUUGCGGACAACAUGAUCAACAAUUGAACAAACAAUAUUUCAAUCCAGAAGCUCCUAUUGUUAUUUUCCUCAAGCAUAACCACUUCUUCGCAGGAAUGUUAGAAGGUGAUAACUAUCUGAUAUUCAACACUCUUGGAGGUGACAAAGUCGUUUCAAUACAAAAGGAUAAACUCUAA